GUUGUGGACACGGGUAAAUGCUGUACUGUAAGAUGGCAGUGAUGGCAGUGUGUGUGUUUUUUUCAAGAGCCGCGUGCUGCUCUCUUGUGCGCAGGGCCUUGGAUCAAAGCUGAACGCUAAGUUCGAGAGCUGGUUGAAGACUGUCACCACCCGUCAGUGCCAUGGCCAGUCUCCGGGUUCGAAACUUGGCCGGGAGUCUUUUGUUGGAGACGCAAGUUCCAAAAACUCUCGAUGAUACCGAUGCUUCUCUCAAAGAUUUGAUGGAAGAGGUGAGCACAGCGUGGGGAGUGCCCUCAGACCUGAUUAAGCUUGUGUACAAUGGCAUGCCGCUGGAGAGCCUUGAGGCACUUGAGGGGAUGUCAGCUGAAUUGGUGGCAGUCAUUGAUGAGAGUCCCCUCUAUACUUGGGAUAUUGAAAGAAAUCCCGACAAGAACCGUCUUUCGGUCAGCGGUGCGGCUGUGACCUUUGAGCGCAUAGAUCCGAUCGAGGACUAUGUGAAUGUCCUUAGCCAGUCGCCUGUCCGCCAAGGGAUUCACUUUGUGGAAUUUCACAUGCAUAGCGUUCUUGAUGAGCAGUGGUGUGGUGUGACGAUGUUCCCAGACAGGGCAGGUUGCCGAGGAGGACUUGUACCUGGGUGUUUCUACUAUUCUGGCCGUCGGUAUGCUUCGAAAGGUGCUUUGGACGCCUUCCGCGAGAGGCAGCAUGUCCUUGAUUUUUCACACGUGCAGAAUGGUGAUGUAAUUGGACUGCUUUUGGAUGCUGACCGUCAUGUGGCCCUCUUCUCAUUGAAUGGCAAGUUUCAAGGAGGCUGUCGGCUCCCAGAUCUACCCAUGUAUUUUUGUACAGCUUUAGACGAGGAGGGGGACACUGUGGAAUUGAUGAGAUGCCCUGUGGAGGAUUUUCCUGUCAAACUUGAUGAUGUGAUAAGCACGCCUCGCUUUGUGAACAGAGACCUGUAUGAAGGUGAAGGCCCCCGGCAUGUUGCGCGGCUGUCGCCGCCUAUUGACUGGCUGGAUUCGGAUGUGGGCUCUUCGGAUGAUUUGUGACAGGACAUGUGGACCAUCCACAGCCUUGGCGGUUGUCAUUGGGAUUGCACACCUUAAAAGGGAGUGCAAGCAAAGAAAGAGAGACGGAGAGAAUUCGUUAUAUGGGACCUUAUUGCACAAGACGAAUGACUAUAUACAU